AAGUAAAGCGUUGCGUUGGAAGACAUACACGAAAUACGAAUCGUUCUUAGCGUACACACAAAAAAAAAAAAAAAAAAAAAAAAAAACUCGGAUUAUAGUAUAAAAACGUACUAUUUUCAAGUACAUAAAAAUUUAUCAACGUAAAUGAUUAUUUGCACGUUAAUAUUUUGAUUAGAUUUUAUAAAAUUUUGCAAAUGUCUUUAAUGGUGCUCGUAGUAUAAUGAUCAUGAUAAGCGUAUGUAUAUGUAUAUGUGGUUCGUUUAAAAAUUGGUGAAAAAUGUCGGGAAAGAAAUUGCGUGUCAAUUUCUUCUUGUAUAUUUUGAUACAAGGCUAGCCAGUUGUGUCAUUCUUAUUGUGUGAUUUUUAGUCAUUCGAUCAAUAGUCUUUGAGACUAUAUUACAAUUUUACCGUUUCCAUAGAGAGCGGUUUAUCACACAACAUAAGAAUGGACACAUCAGGCUUUCCUGUACCAGAUGCGAUCCACCCAUUACUUGAACAAUUACAAGAAGCUUUGGUGCUUGAGGUUAAAUAUCAACCAAAUCUUCAAUUGCUCACCACAACGCAAAAUGAUGAAAUUACAAUUGGAGCACGGGAUGGAUCCGCUCAUGUAUUAAGAUGUUUAAAAGUAUGGUAUGAUUUACCAUCCGAUGUAUUUUUUGUUGCUAUUAAUUUGAUGGAUCGUUUUUUAACCAAAAUGAAAGCCAGACCAAAACAUAUGGCUUGCAUCAGUGUAUCAGCUUUUCAUAUCGCUGCAGUUCAAAUGGCUCAAUCUUUGGAUGCUGAUCAUUUAGUAUCCAUUUCUCAAUGCAAGUGUACCGGAGGAGAUCUUAAGCGUAUGUCAGGAGUAAUACGUAAUAAAUUAGAAUGGGCACCGGCUGUACAACCAAUUACAUCAUUAACUUUUUUACAAUUGUUUAAUACAAUGUUUCAUACUGUUGCGUCACAUUUGGGUAUUGGUGAUAUAUAUGCCAAUGUAGUAAUGGAAUCUGAACUUUUUCUAAGAUUAGAAAUGAUUGCUUGUGAUGGAAAUUGUGCAAGUUUAAGAUCAUCUGAAGUAGCUUUGGUCUUACUCUGUACAUAUUUGGACGCAGCCGUUAAACGAUUAGAUGCAAAUAAAGAUGUUACUAAUUCUGUAACAUCAAUGGCUGGUCCUUCUACUAUUAAUUCAUCCAUAACACCUGCGCAUCAAAUGUUAAGACUGGUAGAAUUUGCUGCUGAAGUACAAAAAAUUUGCAAGAUUUCAGACGAUAGCUUUGUUUCUACUCAUGAAGCAGUAAGUGCUGUUUUAAAUAAAUACAAUGCCCAAGAACAAACGCCUCAUAGACAAAGACUCAUAUGGAGAUUAUCUUCACGUACAGCUCGUCUUUUGCGUCCGACUGAUAAAUUUACUUCUGUUUUACCUGUUAUUGCUGAACACACUCCAGUUCCAUCUCCAAGUAGGAUCAGAAAAAACCGUAAGUUCUCUCGUCGUCAUGGAAACAAAAGGCGUUAGUAUAUCUCGCUUAUACUCGAUAAUGAACAAGAAAGAUCUGUCGUAUUUGGAUGAAUUUGAAUUUAAAAUAGCAUUUUUCAACACAAUAUUUAAUAAUAGACAUGGUAUUGACCUUGCAUGUUAUUUGGAAAUGGAAAAUCAUUCAAUGUAAGUCAUUAUCUUAACGUGUUAUUUUAGAGACACACACAUGUGUAAUUGUUCUUUCUUUCUUUUUUUUUUUUUUUUUUUUUUAUUUGUUUUCAAAUUUUUCUAAAGUUUAUUUUUUAACAAAAAAUUUAUGAAUUAGGAAAAUAUCAUAAUAUUAUUUUGAAGCAACUAUAUAUUAUAAAAGUUGUAAAAUAUUAGAAAAGAAAUUAAUAUAAUGAGAAAAGAAAAACAGAAAUCAAUUUACCUUUUUCUAAAAAUGGAAAUUGAUGUGAUAUAAUAUAAUGUCGAUUAUAUUUUUUAAUUUAUUGAAAGAAUAAUUGUUGAGAAAAAUUCAUUUUAACUUUAUAUUUGUGGUAUAUUCUAAUAGAGAAAAAGAGAGAAAGAGAGAGAGAGAGAGAGAGAGAGAGAGAGAGAGAGAGAGAGAGAGAGAGAGAGAGAGAGAGAGAGAGAGAGAGAAAUUAUGUAAAAGCGAAUAAGAAAAAUUUUGCACUUAUACAAAAUAUAUUAUUACACAAAAGAGUGGUCUUUAUAAAAUAAAGAUACAAUAAAGUAUAAUGAGGUAUUUGAUAGGUUUAA